GCCAAAAUAUAACACAACAGGGAAACAUUCGAUGAAUGCCGCAUUAGACGAAUCAAUUCAUUUUCUGCUGAAAAUUAGGAUUGUCGCAAAGCAAUAAAAAUCAGAAUGUCGGCGGUAAUCGGGCUCGCGGCUUGUGCCGUGUCUUCCGUAUUCUUCGGAUCCAUGUUCGUGCCCAUAAAAUCUUACGAUUCUAGAGAUGGAAUUUUUGCACAAUGGAUGAUGUCCAUUGCCAUUCUACUUGUAGGUUUCAUUGUUUUUGCCACGACAGGAUUUCCUGGAUUCUAUCCACUUGCAAUGCUUGGUGGAGCAUCAUGGUGCAUUGGUAAUGCAACAGCGAUUCCAAUCAUUUCUCGCCUGGGACUCGCCGUUUCUAUUCUUGUUUGGAAUACUUCAAAUUGCUUGGUGGGAUGGGCUGGCGGUCGAUUUGGACUUUUUGGAAUGAAGGCUCAAGUCCCUGCAUCUCCAUUUCUAAACUAUCUCGGUCUUGUUUUUGUUGUUAUUGGUGGAUCAAUCUUCGCACAAGUUCGAUCAGAACCUUUACCAAUUGCCAAGAAAACCAGUCGUACAUCUUUCGAUUUGGAGAAUCUGAAUUCUGAAGAGAAGAAGGCAUUGAACACGACAGAAUCAUCAGAUGAUGGCGGUCUGGAAACUGAAGUGUUGAGACCGGAUAAAAAUCUUAAUUCAGGAACUCAGAGAUUUUUCGCCUUCAUCACUGCCAUUGUUGCCGGAUUCUUUUACGGAAUGACAUUUGUACCAGUGAUCAGAAUGAUUGAUAAUCCACAAUUAUAUCCAUUUUAUCCACAAGAUGGUAUUUCGUACGUCUUCUCCCAUUAUUUUGGAAUUUUCAUUACAUCCACUAUCAUUUUCGUCAUCUAUUCCAUUUUUAGAAGAAACCAGCCAUACGCUCCUCCAAACUUAUUCCUUCCUGGAAUGGCUGCAGGAUGUCUGUGGGCUGUCGCUCAAACAUCAUUCUUCGUGGCAAAUCAACAUUUAUCACAAACCGUAACAUUUCCCAUUAUUUCUCAAAUGCCUGGAUGUAUUGCGGCCGCUUGGAGCAUAUUCUAUUAUCGAGAAAUUCGUGGAAAGAAGAAUUUUAUACUUCUGGGAGCUGCAAUGUCAAUUACAAUCACUGGAGCCACACUUGUGGGAUUGUCAAAAAAUAUCAAAUUCUAGAUGACGAAUUAACACUUAUAUUAAUUUAAUUGCAAAAUAACAAACUCUAGUUUACAGUUUUUAGAUUCAUGUUUAAUUUAUCUGUGAUUAUAUUCGCCUUCUUCUUUUUCUGUUAUCUUUUUCAUCUGUGUCAAUGUCAUUCCCACAUUUCUGUUUGUGCCUUUCGGGUUUAAGUUUACCACAACUUUAAAACAUUUUUAAAACUACAUUUAUAAAUUAAAUCAUUAAAGAAUGAAGAGAAAACUAUUUUUUGGAUA